GCCCCCAUCCCCCCGCUCCGUUAGCUGCCGGCGGAUGCUUCUGGACGGUUCCGUGGCGUUUACCACCGGCGACUGAAACGGUUGUUGGUGUCGCUGCUGAGAAGAAGAAGAGGAGGAGGAGGAGGAGGAGGACUUGGGAGGGUUUUCCAUCUUAAAGAACUGAGUCGUUAAAGAUGGUGGACUACUACCAGGUAUUAGGCGUACACAAAAAUGCUUCUCCGGAAGAAAUUAAAAAGUCAUAUCGCAAAAUGGCACUGAAAUGGCACCCUGAUAAGAAUCCUGACAACAAGGAUGAGGCUGAAUCAAAAUUUAAACAACUUUCAGAAGCCUAUGAAGUUCUUUCUGAUUCUUCAAAACGUGAUAUCUAUGAUCGAUAUGGGAAAGAAGGCUUGAGUAAUGCCGGUGGAGGUAAUGGUGGUCGCCAUGGUGAAGGCUUUGACUUUGGCUUCACAUUCCGCAAUCCUGAAGAUGUUUUCAGGGAAUUCUUUGGAGGAAGAGAUCCCUUUGCAGAUUUCUUUAUGGACGAUCCUUUUGACAAUUUCUUUGGACCAAGGCGGGGUCGACGGGGAGUUGAGCGAAACAGGGGCGGCGGAGGGCCCUUCUUCUCUCCAUUUGGUGGAUUUCCUGCAUUUGAUACUGGUUUUACUUCAUUCAGUUCAUUUGGAAAUCUUGGAACAGCAUCAUUUUCCUCGUCUUCGUUUGGAGGUAGUGGAAUGGGUAAUUUCCGAUCCGUAUCAACAUCGACAAAAUUUAUUAAUGGCAGGAAAGUCACCACCAAGAGGAUUAUAGAAAACGGCCAAGAAAGAGUGGAAGUAGAGGAAGAUGGCCAAUUAAAAUCUAUAACAAUAAAUGGAGUUGAAGAUGAACAUGCCUUUGCCACAGAACUGAGACAGCGAGGACAGCAGGCCUUACCAAGUCAUUCAGCUGACAGCCACUCCUCACGCCAGCAUUCCAUGUCAUACCCAAAACACAACUACCAGUAUCACGUUGUAGAGGAUGAACAUGUCGGGUCACCAACAAUGGUCUACAAUAUCCCAGAUGAAGCAGCCAGUUCCAACACAGCAGGCCAAAGAGAAAGUGGGAAGAGAAGGAAGCAACGACACAAGGAAGAGAUGAAGAAGAAACGGCCAACAAAAGUGAAGCAUUAAUUAUAAGGUCAAGGCAGUCUUGGAAUAAAUCGUGAUGUGGUUGAAGCUCCCACAAGUGCAAGAGAAGCCUCCCUAAAAAUAUUCUAAAGGAAAGUAAAAGAAUCAUAAAUAAAUUGCAGUGUUGAUAAAAAUAGAUCGUCUUUUAAGUGAUGAUGUGUGGUGACUUCUUGUCUAUUUGUGCUGUAACCCUUUGCUUAUUACCUUAUUUUUAAUCAUACUGUAAAUGUUCCCAGUGUUUGAAACGCUUGUAUGAGAAGGACAAAACAUAUUGAAUGGUAGAAAUUCGAGUUGAAUAUCUAAGACGGAUCUUGUGCAUGCUAUUUUGUGCAAGUUUAAUAGAAGGAAUGUACAUUAAAAAAAAUUAAAAAUCAUAAUUGAAAUGUGGGUACUAUUGACAUUGUUGGAAACUCUGGUUUUCCA